UGCCAAAAUAGCUUCCAUUGCCGCCUUCGGAAUGCCCGAUUAGAUAACAGCGCGAUAACGAAACCGCCGCCAUGAAUGAACGAAGACAACUCAGAUAGCAAAACGCUCUCGAACAAAACAAAAUGAUUGCAAACGCGGUCAUGUUGUGAGUGCAAACGGCAUUCAGGAAGACCGAAUAGUGCCGGAUGAUGUUAUAAAUGCAGUGUUGACAGUGUUUUCAGUGCUUUGUUUUUUCGGUGAUGUGUCAGUGUUAGUGAUGGGUUGCCAGUUGGGUAAAUUGGCUGCCUCGGAGAGGAGGGGCGCGGGGGCGGCAGCGCCCGCGAUCGCGGACGGGCCGCCGCCGGCGACCGACCCGCGGCUGCCGCUGACGGCCAAGCAGAAGUACUCCAUGCUUGCCUCGUGGAAGGGCAUUUCGAGGGCUAUGGAGAAAACCGGCAUUUGCAUGUUUAUAAAGCUAUUCGAAGAGAACCAAGACCUGCUGAACAUGUUCGAGAAAUUCCGCCAAUGCCGGACGAAGGAGGAGCAGAUCAACUCCAUGGAGCUGGCGGAACACGCCAACAACGUGAUGAACACGCUGGACGAGGGGAUCAAAGGGCUGGACGACCUGGACAACUUCUUCGAUUACAUACACCAGAUCGGCGCCAGCCAUAGGCGGAUACCGGGAUUCAAAGUGGAAUAUUUUUGGAAAAUCGAGGCUCCUUUCCUUGCGGCCGUCGAGUCCACGUUAGGCGACCGCUACACACCGAAUGUCGAAAACAUCUACAAAAUAACCAUAAAGUUCAUCCUAGAAACGCUCGUCGAAGGCUUCGAGAAGGCUGGCAAUAAAACGUGAGCUGCCAUAAACUAGAAAAAAAAGAAAACGAAUAAACUUCUAGAACGCUGGCACCCAGUUCAAAGUUUGAAAAUCAAACGCAAGAUUCGAAAGUUUUCCAAUUUUUAUACGCGUCUAUGAGACCGAGUAACAUUCCAACAUUUGGAAUCGUCUUUGGCAAGUCAAUUUAUGAACAGUGACUAACAAAAUAAUUUAUAAAAAUGUGUAUAUUGUGAAUAUUUUAAUGCGUCUUAAAAGUAAGUUGUGACAGCUGUUAACGAUGGAACUUUUUAAGAGUUGAGAGUUG